AUUAGCGGGUCAAAUAUUGGUUUAAACCCGGGUCCGAAACUCUUGUCCUAUCCAAAAACAAGCAGUGUUUCAAAACGAAUUUCACACUUUAGACACAUUCCUUCACCAAAGAAAGCAUCAAUGGCAGUAACUCUUCCGACAACUUCUUCCUCGUAUCUACACUCAACAACUAGACUCCCUCGCCCUUCUUUAAGCUGUGCCAGCAAAGUUUUUGUCGGAUUAAGAGUCCAAUCACCAAAUUCUUAUGGGAUUGCAACGUCUAAUGUAAAUGUUGAAUUUUACAACAGAGUUCACAAAAGUAUUGAAUCCGGAAGUAGAGGCAGUAAAGCAACACGUUCACAAGUUACCAUGAUGCCCAUUGGGACACCAAGGGUGCCCUAUAGAAAUCCAACCGAGGGAACGUGGCAGUGGGUUGAUUUGUGGAAUGCUCUUUACCGUGAACGUGUUAUUUUCAUUGGAGAAGAGAUAAAUGAAGAAUUUAGCAACCAGAUAUUGGCAACAAUGCUGUAUCUUGACAGUAUUGAUGAUUCCAAGAAGCUCUACCUAUAUAUCAAUGGCCCUGGUGGUGAUCUAACUCCAACCAUGGCCAUCUAUGACACAAUGCAAAGUCUGAAAAGUGCUGUUGGCACCCACUGUGUGGGCUAUGCCUACAAUCUUGCCGCUUUUCUUCUUGCUGCUGGAGAAAAGGGCAAUCGGUUUGCAAUGCCUCUUUCAAGGAUCGCACUAACAUCUCCAGCUGGAGCUGCACGUGGACAGGCUGAUGAUAUACGUAAUGAAACAGACGAACUUCUUAGAAUUAGAGAUUACCUUUUCAAGGAGUUGUCUGAGAAGACAGGCCAGCCUGUUGAAAAGGUUCACAAGGAUUUAAGUCGGAUGAAACGAUUCAAUGCUCAAGAAGCUCUUGAAUAUGGUCUUAUAGACCGUAUUGUUAGGCCUCCCCGUAUUAAGGCAGAUGCUCCACGAAAGGAUACCACAGCAGGUCUUGGUUAAGUCCAUAUUGACUCGUAAAACAAAAUGGUUAAUAGUGGAGUUAUUUUCCAACUUUUUUGUUUAAUUUGCAUAUUUAACUCUCUUGAACUACUUAGUCCGAAAAAAAAAAAAAAAAGCUUCUUUCUACACCGUAAAUUAGAAGACCAGUUGCAGAGCUGUUGAAGUAAAAAGACUUGGUAGAUAGAAGAUGAAGUUUAAUAUUUCGUAUA